CGAAGAAUCCACACAGGGGAGAAACCUUUUGAAUGCUUUGAGUGUGGAAAGAAAUUCAGUGAGAGUGGUACUCUUCAGCAGCACCGAAGAAUCCACAUGGGGGAGAAACCUUUUAAAUGCUCUGAAUGUGGAAAGAAAUUCAGUCAGAGUGGUACUCUUCAGCAGCACCGAAGAAUCCACACGGGGGAGAAACCAUUUGAAUGCUCAGAGUGUGGAAAGAGAUUCAGUCAGAGCAGCGGUGUUCAGAAGCACCAAAGAACCCACACAGGGGAGAAACCUUUUGAAUGCUCUGAGUGUGGAAAGAGAUUCAGUCAGAGGAACCAUCUUCAAGUGCACCAAAGGGUCCACACAGGGGAGAAACCUUUUGAAUGCUCUGAGUGUGGAAAGAGAUUCAGACGGAGUUGUACUCUUCAGCAGCACCAAAGAACCCACACGGAGGAGAAAUCAUUUGAAUGUUUUGAGUGUGGAAAGAGAUUCGGUCAGAGUGGUACUCUUCAAAAGCACCAAAGAACCAACACAGGGGAGAAACCUUUUGAAUGCUCUCAGUGUGAAAAGAGAUUCAGUCAGAGUGGUACACUUAGGAACCACCAAAGGGUCCAUACAGGGGAGAAACCAUUUGAAUGCUCUGAGUGUGGAAAGAGAUUCAGUCGGAAUUGUAGUCUUCAGAAGCACGAAAGAACCCACACAGGAGAGAAAACAUUUGAAUGCUCUGAGUGUGGAAAGAGAUUCAGGUUGAGUGCCCUUCUUGAGCUACACCAAAGGGUCCACACAGGGGAGAAACCUUUUGAAUGCUCUGAGUGUGGAAAGAGAUUCAGUCAGAGGAACCAUCUUCAAGUGCACCAAAGGGUCCACACAGGGGAGAAACCAUUUGAAUGCUCAGAGUGUGGAAAGAGAUUCAGUCGGAGUUGUACUCUUCAGCAGCACCAAAGAACCCACACGGAGGAGAAAUCAUUUGAAUGUUUUGAGUGUGGAAAGAGAUUCAGCUUAGAUCGUCCAUCUAUGCUAGAUCUAGCACCUUUGCAACUAAUUCUUCCUUCUUAG